ACGUAUCUAAUUGAUGUAAUAUAUAAGGUUAAGUUUACUUAUAUAUCUGCAUUCAUAAUUUUAUUAAAAUGUUUCAUUGUAAAAUAAGAUUUUCAUCCAGUAAUUUAAAAAUAUGUGCAUAUAUGCAGAAAUGUCUCAAAAGUAAUAUUUCUACAACCGAUAUUAAUGAAACAAAAAAUAUAAAUUUAGAAGCUAAACGAAAAGAAAUUAUGUCACGUGGUCUACCUAAGAAAAAACCUAUCAAAGGUGUAAAGCAAAUUAUUAUUGUUGCAUCUGGGAAAGGUGGUGUUGGUAAAUCAACAACUUCUGUAAACUUGGCAACAGCAUUAAAACUUAUAGAACCUAAAAAAUCAAUUGGCUUAUUGGAUGCAGAUGUUUUUGGACCUUCUAUACCAUUAAUGAUGAAUUUACAACAAUCACCUUUGUUAAAUAAAAAUAAUCUUAUGGAACCAUUAAUUAAUUAUGGUAUAAAAUGUAUGUCCAUGGGAUUUUUGAUCGAUGAAAAAUCUCCAGUUGUUUGGAGAGGUCUUAUGGUAAUGAGUGCCCUAGAUAAAUUACUGCGUCAAGUUGCAUGGGCUCCUUUGGAUUGUCUCAUUAUAGACACACCACCUGGGACUGGAGAUACACAUUUAUCAUUAAUCCAAAAUAUUGUUAUCACUGGUGCAUUAUUAGUUACUACACCACAAAGAGCAGCUUUAGAUGUAACAAGACGAGGUGCUAAGAUGUUUGAAAAAUUAAGUGUACCUAUUUCUGGCAUUGUUGAGAAUAUGAGCUUCAUUUCUUGUCCGAAAUGUAUGACAAAAAUAUCUAUUUUUGGUGAUAAUACAGAAGCAUUAGCACAUGAGCUUGGCAUAAAAAUAUUGCAAAAAAUUCCUUUACAUGAAGAUAUUACGGAUAGUUGUAAUAUUGGAAAACCAAUAGUGUUAUCUGCUCCAAAUAGUGUUCAAGCAGAAUGUUAUAAAAAGUUAGCAGAACAUCUUAUGGAAUUUUUAAACAAUCAACCACUUAUUGAAGAAUGA